AAACAAUAGACAGGAAGACAGGACAAGGAAAUGUUGAGACAGGCUGGGAUGUCUUAGGUUUAACAUACAGUGUUCAGUGGCCACUUCACAUAUUCUUUACUCCUGUUAUCUUAGAAAAGUAAGUCACUGAUGGUUUUUUAAGUUUACAGAACACAAAAAAACAGAAAAUAUAUGAUGUCAUUAUUCAUAAAAUACUAUGGAAUGUGGCUGUAUUCUUGUCUACUAAAAAAAUAUAGAAUGUCUUUGAAUAAAUGAACUCUUCAUCCUCAGAUACAAUAGGGUUUUUAGCUUCCUUCUAGCUGUACGGCGGACACAGUUAGAUCUCCAGCACUGUUGGAGUUUACAAAUGUACAACAAGGCAGCAUUCGUGUCACCUGCAGCCAGUGUUACCUGGCAACUCCGGACACAUAUGGCCUUUCUAGUCGAUAAUUUACAAUACUACCUGCAGGUUGGUCAUUCAUAGAUAGUAAUAAAUCAAAUUUAAAAUGAUAACAUUUUGUUUAACAAAUUUUGUGUGCUAGAACUAGAAUAACAUCAAAGCCAAAUUUUUAUAAAUCAUCUAUUUUAAGGAAGUUACCAACAAUUCCUUGCAUAAAUUACCUCUAUUAAUUAAAUUGUUAAGAUGAUUUUCAAUUAAACUGAGGUGCAGUGAAUAUAUAAAUUUAUAAUUCAAAAAUAGGUACCAACCAAGGCUUUAUUUUAAUUUUUUCAUAACGAUGUUCAUAAAAAUUAUUAUUUUGAAUAAGCUGAUAACAAACCUAUUUCUAAAAAAAAAAAUUUUGCAAAUGGUUUAUUUCUUAGGUGGAUGUAAUUGAAUCUCAUUACAAAAUUUUGUUGGAUAAAAUAAAUUCAACAAAAGAUUUUGAGGCAGUCAAACUGGCACAUGAACGUUUCCUUUCAUCUCUACUGGCCCAAAGUUUUGUUCACAUGAGAACUGUAAGUAGAUCAUUUUUGUCUCAAAUAAGUAAUUCUUUUUAAACUAGUAUGGUCCGAGCCUGUUGCACAAUGAACUUUUCUAGUGCCCAUAAAUAUAAAUAUUUUUUUAAUCUUCUAAUCCUCAAAAAUUGUCAAGUAUACCUUGCACAAGUUUUGAAAAACAAUUAAUUAAGCAUCAUCAUUUCACAUAAAAAAAAUAUUUCUCUGCUGCAAUUUUAAUUUACAAUGACUCCUAAGAAUUCCUGAUCAAAUUUUGUGGCAUCUCUGUUCCAACCAGGUGUUUUCAUGUUUACAAGAGAUUUUGAAACAAUGUUCCUCCUUUUGCCGCCUGCUUGUCACUGCAGAAUCUCCGAUGAAGGACAACGAUUUAGACAAAGUUAAA